AGACGCAUCCAGAAAGAGCUCAAGGACAUCAACAGCCAGCCCAUUCCUGGCGUAACUGUCGAACCUCUAGAGGAUAACCUCUUCAUCUGGAACUGCUCGAUCGCAGCAGCUGGAGAUAGUCCAUAUAAGGGUGGCACCUUCAACUUCAAGGUCGAGCUCCCGGACAACUAUCCCUUCAAAGCGCCUUCCGUGACGUUCUCGACUAAGAUCUACCAUCCCGGAAUCAACGAAGAGGGCCACAUCUGCGUACCCAUCCUCCGCGAUCAGUGGAAACCUGCUAUCACACUGUCCACCGUGUUGAACGUCAUACAGGAGAAAGUGAACAACCCGAGUCCGGACGAUCCUUUUGAGCCCGAUAUCGCUGCGCAACUCAAGGAGGAAAGACCGAAGUUUCUCGCGACUGCGAAGGAGUGGACGAAGAAGUAUGCCACGGGCUCGUGAUCCAGUAUUGUGAACGACAACACAAACGAUGGCCGAUGAAUGACGAACAUGAAGAUGUAUCAGAUAUGUCAAAUGUGCAUUGUAUGAAGAAUUUGUACCGAGUCUCCACUUGCGCUCGUCUAUUCUGAUGAUAGAAGACCGACCAACCUGAUACUACCGAGAAGAAUCUACCAAGCUCUCCGUGAUCUCCCCUGCCUCGACCGCAACAGCAAUCCACUAUAACCCUGCUCUCAUCCUCGCCACCCGAAUCUCACCCAUGACCCCAACACAUCAGGA